AUGACGGGUUCAUCGCAAGAUAAGGAUAAUUCUGUAGGAACACCGAUAGCUAAGCAGAAGAGUAAAGCGACUAUUGAUACUUUGAGGGCAGGAUGUAUAGCUAUGGUACAGAAGGAUGGUGCACUUAGAAGAGCAGAAAUUCUAAGUAUAAAAGAGACGAAAAGUGGUCGUCAAUUUUACUGCAAUUUUGACAAUUUCAAUAAACGUCUAGAUGAAUGGGUUCCAGCCAUUCGAAUAGACUUCACUCAAGAUGUUGAAUGGCCUGCCCCGGAUAAACCAAAGGAGAAAUCUAAAGCUGCUCCAGCUGCGAAAAAGACUACCGCUGCUAAUAAAAAGAAUCAAAAACGAGGAGUUCCAGCCAGCAAAAGAGAAGAUUCGGUAGUUUCAGAAUCCGGUUCAAAUGCUCAACCAUGGUCAGAGUUUGCAGAGUCUCAGAGAGAGACUCCAGAUGCUGAUGGAGAUGGAGAUUCAAAACUUACUAUGGCAUUAGAUCUUGAUGCUACUCCUGAAGCUAAUGAUGCCAUGGAUGUCGAUGAAGCCGCAGCUGAAGCAGCGGAUGCGAAAAACGAACCUGCUCAACACUUCAGUCGAGAAGAAGAAAUCGAGAAACUACGAACUGGAGGUUCCAUGACUCAAAAUCAAGCCGAAAUAUCACGUAUUCGUAAUAUCUCCAAAGUACAAUUCGGUAAAUUCGACCUCUACCCCUGGUAUUUCUCCCCUUACCCGGAAAUCUUCACUCAAGAGGAUCUCAUGUACAUUUGUGAAUUCUGUUUAUGCUAUUACGGAGACCUCAAAUCGUUUACUCGUCAUCGUCACAAGUGUACAUUACAACAUCCUCCCGGGAAUGAAAUCUAUCGGGAUGACUACGUCUCCUUUUUCGAAAUCGAUGGUCGCCGUCAACGAACUUGGUGUCGAAACUUGUGUCUCAUAUCCAAAAUGUUUCUCGAUCACAAAACUCUCUAUUACGAUGUGGAUCCUUUCUUAUUCUAUGUCAUGUGCUCACGAGAUGAAAAGGGGUUUCAUUUAGUGGGUUAUUUUUCAAAAGAGAAGGAAAGCGCCGAUGGAUACAACGUAGCUUGUAUUCUAACACUUCCACAAUAUCAACGUAAAGGUUAUGGUCGCCUCCUCAUCAAUUUCUCCUAUGAGCUCUCCAAGAUUGAAGGGAAGCUUGGUUCACCCGAAAAGCCCCUGUCUGAUCUUGGUCUCCUCUCAUAUCGACAAUAUUGGACGGAACGCAUCGUCGAGGAACUUUUACUUCACAAUGAAAAAGAAGAAAGGAUCAGUAUAGAAGGGUUAUCACAAAAGCUCAAUAUGACCAGCGCGGAUGUAGAACACACAUUGCAGGCGCUAAAGAUGCAAGUUUACCACAAGGGGGAACAUAAGAUGGUUUUACCGAUGGCACUGAUCAAGAGACAUGAAGCGAUGAGAGAAAAGCAAAAGUUGAAGCCGAAGAGGGUGAUUGAUCCUUCGAGGAUUGUUUGGAAACCAUUCAAGUUGGUGGACAGAACGUGGGGCUGGUAG